GGUUACUGCGGGGCCGCGGGCCGGACGCCCGGGGCUGGGAGAGAAGAGGAAGCGCCUGGCCCGCACUUCCCAGCGGCGCGUGGGGAGAGGCCGCCUCAGUCCCGCAUUCCAGUCCCAGGUGCGCAGCGCUCUAUUCGGCGCGCAGACCGGUCCCCAGCGCCCUCCUAGCGGCCUUAGCCCCGGUCUCUCAGGCCCCGUUCCCCGAACCCCGCGCCCCUGCGCCCCGGCGAAUGUCCUGAGUCGCCACCCGCCCGCUCUGCGCUCCGGAGCCAAGGCUGCACGGGGAAGUCGGGGUGCGCGCGCCGGGUAUGCGCCGUCAGCAUGGGCUCGUGGCUCGGCGAGGUACAGUGGCUCAUCCUGGUGUCGCUUUUCGUCGCGGCCCUGGGCACGGUGGGCCUGUAUUUGGCGCAAUGGACGCUGGCCAGGGCGCGACCCCCGCCCCGGCGGCGGGCGGAGCCGGACGAACUACGGCGCCGGGAGUCAGACACGCUCCUGUCCUGGAUACUUACUCUGGAUAGCUGGGGAAGCCAGUGGCAAACGGCCUGGGUGACCGCACUGAACUAUGAGGCCGAAAGAAGAGGGGGUCCACUGCAUCUCUCUUUCCAGCAGAACCCACAGGCCCAGUCCUUGCAGCUGACAGUUGGAGAAGUCUCCAGUGUGGUCAAGUCAGCCCAGGAGAAGAUGGUGAUCUGUCAUGUGGUGGGCGAGACCCUUCAGUUCUUGGUCAGUGCAAGGCCUGCCUCCACUACCAGUUCAGAAUGCCAGCUUUAUGAUGUCCGGCUUUCCCCAUUUCAUUUAAAGAUCGAAUUCCACAUGGAAGAGAAGAGAGAGGACAUUCAAGUCAGGUGGUCGUUCACCCAUGCACCAGAAACAGCCAUCAAGAUCCAGCCCCAGACCCCAGGGGAGAAACAGGUGCUCGAGGUAAAUGUGCUUUCUGAAGCCCUUAAGGAUCUUUUCAAGCACCUAGUUGGUGCUGCCUCUCCAUCUGUAUUUCUGAGCACCAAGCCUAUACAAAUCAAAGAAGCUCAGACUCUACAGUGCACUUCCUCCACUGCUCAGGAACCCUGCCCUCCCAAACCUCCAAGGGCUCAUGAACUAAAACUGCAGGUGAAGAAUAUCCGAGUCUCCCUGCUAACCCACCCUGGUGCUUCAGGCAGCGUUAGCCAUGUGUGUGUGGCCCAGCUGAAUGACCCUGCACAGCAAUUCAUUGGCACCCUAGUGAGAAACACUACAGACCUCUCUUGGGAGGAGGAAUUCACCUUUGAACUGAACGCCAAAUCUAAGGAGCUGCUCCUGCAGAUCUCAGAGAAUGAGAUCUCUUCAGAAGGUCUGUUGGGGACAACAACCAUUCACCUGGACUUAUUUAGGAAGCAGCCUAAUGGCCCACAGACCUUCAGACUGGUCAGUGGGACAGAGCCUGACAGCUUGGUGUUAGGCUCAGUCACCGCAGAGUUUUCUUAUAUAGAACCUGGUGAGCCUAAGUCCUGGCCUGCUCCUCCUCCUGUUUCUGCUGCAAAGAUAGAAAAGGACCGUACAGUGAUGCCAUGUGGGACUGUGGUCACCACUGUCACUGCUGUGAAGACCAAGCCUCGCUUUGACACUGGGAGGGCAUCCCCACUGAGCUCAGAGUCCCCUGUGAGAACGCCCAUCAAGGUAAAGGUCAUUGAGAAGGACAUCUCUGUCCAGGCCAUUGCGUGCCCCAGUGCCCCAGUCAGCAAGACAUUCUCCUCUUCAGACACAGAACUACUGGUGCUGAACGGCUCAGAUCCUGUGGCUGAAGUUGCCAUUCGGCAGCUCAGCGAAUCCUCAAAGCUGAAGCUGAAGUCUCCACGGAAGAAAAGCACCAUCAUCAUUUCAGGGAUCUCCAAGACCUCACUGUCUCAGGACCACCAUGCUGCCCUCAUGCUGGACUAUGCAGCUUCUAUGGACAGCACCAACCAGGGGGAUGCCCCAUCCACUCUGUGCUCUCCAGAGGCAGCUGCAGCCUCUUCCACCACCCCACCCGAAGAUGAUGAGCCAGCCCAGGCCCUACCUGCCCUCAAGCAUAGAGAGAAUGAUUUAGACUCCUGGGACCUGGAGAAGGAGUCCCCAGCAGCAGCAUGGAGCAGGUCAGCCUUACAGGAAACGGAUGGGGACGAACUGUCGGAGAGCUCCUUGAGUGCUUCGGAGCUUGGAACCAAUAAGAAGCAUAAAGAAGGAAUUCUAAGGAAAAGCGCCAAGCUCUUCUUCCGCCGGCGACACCAGCAGAAAGACCCAGGCAUGAGCCAGUCACAUAAUGAUCUGGUAUUCCUGCAGCAGCCAGAGGGGAAGCUGAAGAAGGGGGCAACCCUCAGCCGGCUCUUGAACAAGAAGCUGAUUCCCAGGCACAGAGGCAAACACACCUUGAAUGGAGCACCCAGAGAGCCCUGCACGUAGCUCUCCCUGUCCUCAAAGCUGGAGGGUGGGACCACAAAGGCCCCCACCAGAACAGCGGAGCCAGUGCCAUCAGAUGUGUGUCAAGCUUGUUUUUUUUUUUUCUGAUAAUCUUGAUUUUUAAAGGGAAAAAGCAAUCUGCCUUGUUUGGCCAGGAAGCUUCCUGGAAGACGAGUGAUAAUGCAGUCCAAUUUGCUACCAGAUACUCAGUGGGAGCACCUGGCUCCAGCUGUCACAUGUCAUCUAAGUGUUGAGGAUAAGAUGGAUACCGGCAUCACAUGCUCCGCUAGACUAUGGAUAGUAGGCAGGAGGGAUCCCAGUCCACCUACUUCUUCCUCUCUCCUUCAGGGACUGUUGUGUCUGGACCAUGGCACGUGGGCUGCUGCUGUGAGCAGGAUGGACCACCUCACAUAUCUUGCUGUUUAGAAUUAAAUAGUGCAUCUGACCCUGGGGACAGGUGUAUGGAUAUAGGAAGGAUUUUUGAGCCAUGAAGAAACUGCAAUAGGAAAAAGAUGUGUUUUGACAAGUGUGAGAAGGUGUUCACCUUUGAUAUUAGCCAUAGAAGUUAAAAACUUAUGCAAACACUAAAUGUGUCCUGUGCAGAUUAUGCCAGACACUUCCAGAUUUACUUGAGCCUUCUUGCAAAUAGAGGUGUAGAGAUUCAGAUAUGUUUUUUGUUUGUUUGUUUGUUUGUUUCUCAUGCCAGGGGCUCUGUUUUUUUCCCAUGGCAUAGGCAGUAUGCUAAGCUCAAAUAUGCUGAGGCUGACUUUGGGAGCAAUGAGUGACAGCUUAUAGGGCAUGACCACACAUAUAUUGUUCUUGCCAAAUACAGCCAGCAGAUAAAACAAAGAACUUUUAGGGCAACUGAGGAAAUUAUUCUGUAUCCCAGGUGCCAAUUAGUCUCAGGCAUAGAAGUUUCAUAACAAUGGGCCAAACUUGCAGGAAUUUUUAUGGGAUCUUCAGAAUUCUACUGUGAACAGGGACUUCUGGCCACAUUUUGGGGAUUCUUGGUUUUGGUUUACUGUGGCAAAAAUAUAAAGUUGGCACCUGGGUUCAGUGUCCCCCGUAUCCAUAAGGUGCUGUCCUCGUCUGUGUCCCUGGCACUGUAGAUUCACCAGGUCUCACAGCCCUCCAGAGUCACUGUCCGUGGGGUGGGGUGUUGUGUUUUGACCUGUCAAUGAUAGCCAUUUUCUUCCCAUAACAGUGGAAUGGCAGACAGGAGGACCUGAGUUCUAUCACUGAUAUGAAGUGAGGAAACUCCUUCUGGCCUCCUCUGUUCUUUAGAAACUUCAGGGGCAAAGUCACUGUUGUUUACCAAAAAUGUCUAUGAAAGCCAAAAUUAUAGGAAUAUGUUCUUUUUUAAUUUUAGCAAGAGAGAUUGGAAAACCACAUCAGAAAUCCAUUUGUUUUUUUCCUUGGUUCGUUUACUCAGUUCUGGGGAUUAAAACUGUGGCUUUGUGAACGCUGGACAGGCCCUUCUCCACUGAACUAUUUCCCUGGCCCUCUUUUAACUUAUUAUUGUUAUGAUUAUUAUUAUUAUUGGGUUAGGUCUCACUAAAGUGUUGACUGGGCUGCCCUGUAAUUCAUUCUGUAGCCCAAUUAUACCUUGAAACUCUGAUCCUCCUGCCUUCAUUUCUCAAGUAGCUGGGAGUACAGACCACAGCCACUGGGCCCAGUGAAUUUUAGUUCCAAAUAAACAUAGAAUAAAAAAGAAAUUGAAAAUUCUUGAUGGGUGUGGUGAUGCAGGCCUCCUGUGAUUCCAGCACUUAGCAAAUGGAGAAAGGAGGAUGUUAGCUUCUAAGCCAGUCCGGGCUACAUGAGACCCCCUUCUCAAAACAAACAACAAAUAUAGAAGAAAAAAGAACCUGAAUGAAUCUCAAGUAGUUUUCAGGUGACUUUGAAGAGACAUUUUAGCAUGAUUUGCCUUUAAAGAUCACCUCAUGUUAUGUCACGGCUAAGUUCCAGAAUGGAUCCAUCAAUACCAAAUUUGUUCUCAAAGCCAGUUAUCCCCACUACUCUUUUUGGGAAUGGACAUGAUUUAAAUGUUAUGCUUUACUUGAAGUAUUGUUAUUCCACACAGUGUGCAGAAUUGUGAUGUAUAGCUUUCAAUUCCCAGAGACUAUGGUGUGUCAGAGAUUCUUAUUCUGAUGCUAUAUUUUCAGUGUGGGGCAGUAGCCCUCAUCUAACAUGCUUGGGGCCAGAGGUGUUUCAGGCACAUUUUGGAUCUUGGAAUAUCUUGGUAAGUUUUUACCAUCUAAGCAUCUCUGAAUCCCAAAUAUAAAAUUUUCAGAAACACGAAACUCUUUGAAAGCUAUGGCACAGGCAGAGUUUUAGGUUUCAGACUUUUGGGUUAGGGAAUGCUCAGCUUAUGCAGGUUUUGUUAGUUUGAUUGCUUUUGACAUUUAUGUUCAGUUUAUUCAGGUGUGAAGGCAUCAGAAUUUUAGGUUAUACUUCUCUCUCUCAGUAGUUACAAAAACAAACAAACAAACAAAAAACCCAAAACAACAACAACAAAAAACCCAAAAAACAAAUGGUUUGUAGUCACCCAAGCCUCCAAAUGACCCUAUGAGCAUCCUGCUCCUGGCUUCCUACCCACAUCUAAGACCUGUCCUCUAGGGUCUCCGUGCAGAGAUGGGGGCACAAACAGGUAGCCUCAGGGCCUUCCGUGUGCUGUGAAGUCUCUUCUCCAAGCUGUUUUUCCACUUCUGUUUCUUCCCGGUAUGGGGUAAUUAUGUUGAAAUGAACAUCGUUAAGAUUAUGCACCAGGUGCCAACAGUGUGCAUGUGUGAGUCACCUCUGUUCUCCUAUCUCCGCUGCAUUCUUUUGUGGCUUCAGUUUCUGUCUUGAAAUUUUGGCAGAGUGCUAGUCUUAAAGCAAUUUCUCAUGAACACUAAUUCAGGUGUCUGUGAAUCUAAAGCACAUCUCAGGUUGGUUGGAGAGAGCUGGCUACAUUUCCCCCGUCCUUCAUGCAGUCACUAAAUAGAGCUGUUUGUGUAUGAGGUUGGUGUAGCAGUAACAAACUUAGGACUCCCUUGCUCUGGUUGAAAAUCUACUAUGAGCAAGAGGAUUUAGACAAAGCACUUUAUUUUAAAUUUUAGUUUAAGUUCAAAACCAGCCCUGCUUCCUGGCUGUGGAAGGAAGCAGGCCAUUUACUGCUGACCAGUUCCAAAUCAGAUUUUUGCUGGACACAUUUACAGAAAAGAGUUGCAAAUGUUCUUCUCAAGCAGAAAGGGGAAGAUUAAUUUACAUUGCUGCUACCCAGAGUGGUGUUUCUUGGUUAAUAAGCUCAGGGUUGUCAAUCUUUCUUCAGCUUUCAAAGUACAAUCUGAUAGAUGGUGGAAGGUAAAACAUGUCUCUGUCACACAGAAACAGGUGUGGGUACUGACCCCAAUUACAGGCACUGUCCCCACUAUCUCAACAGUCCAAGACCUGAGGACCAAAGCACCUGCAUGGGUACAAAGACACUGUUCAAACCAGCAGUGCAAGCUCCUUAUGUAAAAUGUCCCUGUUAUGUGUAUAAGUAUUGGAAUCACCAAGCUGCUUGGUUCACUUUGCUGAUGGUGGAGUGAUGUGAUUAUUCCCAGGGCAGUAAGCCUGGUUCUCUGCCCAGUCAUGUCGAACCUCUACUGCAAAGAGAAUAAAGUAAAGGCUUCCUGGGUAUGUGGUGAGCCUGAUGCUGGUGUGUGGCAAAUGGCAUCUGUGACAAUGAUUGUAUUUGCUGCAGCACUUUAGAUGUGGGUGUCACCCUGUACCACCCUAGGCAGCAGGACAUGGCUGCAACUUUACUGACCUCUCAAGAAAUAAAUGUGCUCAUGGAAAA